AUGGCAGAUCAUAUGAAUCUAAAAAAUACUCGUCUAUACAAUUUGUUUGGUCCUGCUGAAUGUACACUCACAUCGGUCUAUCAUGAGGUGACGUGCGAAGAUAUUAAACUUGGUGAAAUUCCAAUUGGUCGUCCAUUUCCCAAUAUGCAAGCAUUCAUUUUUGAUGAAUAUCGGCAACAUGUUAUCCCUGGUCAAGUGGGCGAAUUAUAUCUCGGCGGUAUUCAACGUUCGCCAGGUUAUUUCGGUCGAAAUGAUCUUACUGAACAGGUUAGUGUGAAUUGA